AACCUUUCACUCCUCACGCCGUAUCAUUUCAUAAUUCGUCACUUUCUCCCACAGCAAACCUUGGAUUGAUUAUCACCAGGAAAUGGCUGCCUCCUCCUUCCACAAGUUCCCAGUCCCGUCGCUCUGCUUGGAAUCUUUCCACUGCCGUUCGCCGAGGUCGAUAUCCACCUCCCUCUCCAGCUCCGCCGCCAUGAGGCCCAUCGUCCUCGUGACAGAGCGUAUUGGGGAUGCGGGGCUGGCCCUCCUCAGGGAGUCCAAUGAAGUCGACUGCUGCUUUGACCUUGGGCCUCACGAGCUCUGCAGCAGAGUCUGCCAGUGCGAUGCUCUGAUCAUCGGCAGCGGGACCAAGCUCAGCAGGAAGCUCUUUGAGUGCUCUGAAGGAAGGCUGCGGGUGGUCGGGAUCGCUGGGUUCGGGAUUGACAAUGUGGACCUGACGGCAGCAAACGAGCACCGCUGUCUUGUAGUCAAUGCGCCGGGUGCAAGCAAGCUCUCGGUUGCGGAGCACGGGAUCGCACUCCUGACCGCCAUGGUCCGGAAUGUCUGGCAAGCCAUUGCCUGUGUUAAGUCCGCAGGCAGUUGGGAGCGGGGAAAGUUCCUGGGAGUGCAGAUGGCGGGUAAGACGCUCGCUGUGAUGGGCUUUGGGGAGGUCGGAUUCGAAGUGGCCCGACGUGCCAAGGGCCUGGGGAUGCAGGUGAUAGCAUACGACCCAUAUGCAUCCUCUUACCGGGCUCAUUCAAUCGGGAUAGAGCUCGUGGGCUUCGACAAGGCCCUGAUGACCGCGGACAUGAUCUCAUUGCACAUGCAUCAUAAUUCCACGACGAGAAAGAUGCUGAAGGAUGAGACGUUCAAGAAGAUGAAGGAAGGGGUUCAGAUCCUCAAUGUUGCUCAUUGGGGAUUGAUCGAUGAGGAGGCUUUACUGAGAGCACUAGAUGCGGGAAUCGUGUCUCGGGCAGCACUUGAUUUGCUGGUGGAGGAUCUACCGCCACUGUACGAGAAAUUGAUUCAGCACGACCGAGUUAUCGUGACGCCAAAUCUAGGAGCCUAUACAAUCGAAGCUCAGGAAGAACUGGGCAUCGAAAUUGCGGAAGCUGUAAAUAAAGCACUAACUGGAGAUCUACCUGCAACGGUUGUCAAUGAGCCAAUGGUGCCGGCAGAAGUUCUUGCAGAGUUGAAACCAUUCCUCGAUCUGGCCAACAGGCUGGGAAAAUUUUCCGUUCAGCUGAUAGCCGGAAGAGGCGGUCUAAAGACUGUAAAAGUGACCUAUGCUUCUGCCAGAGAAUCUGAUCAGCUCGACACGAAGCUCCUGCGAGUGGGAAUCAUAAAGGGCCUAAUUGAGCCCUUCUCGAGCGUAAUUGUGAAUUGGGUCAAUGGAGAUUCAAUUGCCAAACAGAGAGGGCUCAGGAUCACGGAGGAGCGGAUAAGUCUACAUGGUUCUCCCGAAUACCCUCUCGAGUUUAUACAGAUACAGGUAGCAAACGUGGAGUCGAGAUUCGCCAGUGCCCUAUCGAAGUCUGGCGAAAUCGAGGUUGAGGGACAGGUAAGGGAUGGGAUUCCAUAUCUCACAAAGGUCGGGAUCAUCGAGGUGGAUUGCCCUUUGGAGGGUCGGAUUUUGAUCUGCAAGACGAUCGAUCAGCCAGGUUUGAUCGGGGGAGUGGGAAGCAUUCUAGGGGAGGCAAAGGUGAACAUCAGUUUCAUGAAGGCCGGCAGGACCCUGUUGAUAAUCAAACUGGAUGAGGACCCGGCCGAAGAGACGAUAAAAAAAAUCGGUGACAUCGCCGGUAUUCAGGAGCACAUCUUCCUCAAAAUCUAAAGAACCUCAAGUGCGUUGACUUUUGGCAGAGAAAGACUACUUCGAUCGGCAUCACUAGUCGUUGGAUUAGCGUAUUCGGUCAUGAUGUUCUCAGCCCAUUGUUAAAUCUAGGCAUAGUCACAUAUCCAGUCAAAGAACUGAAAGCUCCAUAUCCCUAAAUUGAUUACAAUUUAAGCAGAUCCUUUUUAUAAUUGUUGAAUCCUUAAAGUUGACAAGGUUAGUGAGUGAAGACAGCAAUGUCUUGAAACAUAGAAAGGCUGUCCGUGGGAAGGAUAGAGAGAAGUUAGAGUCAUCGGAUGUGAUAUAAUAUAUAUAUAUAUAUAUAUAUAUAUAUAGACAUAAUAACUAUGUGAUUAUUUUCUUAA